AUGACCGCGCUUGACGAACACGGCGGGUUCUGGACUCUUACACCUGGGACUACAACAACAAAACAACCUCAAUGGAACCUCCUGCUCCCCUCGUCUCCCACAGCGCCCCACCCUUCCGCCCGCAGCUACCACAGCGCCACAAUCGACGGCACCUCUCAGAUCUUCAUCCACGCCGGCUGUGCUGCGGACGGCCGUCUGCGCGAUCUAUGGUCCUUCAAUGUCAACGACCGGACUUGGAGGCAACUGCCCAACGCCCCGGGACCGGCUAGGGGAGGAACGAGCCUGUGUUUCGCCGAGGGGAAAGUCUGGAGGUUUGGCGGGUUCGAUGGGAAGAGAGAAAUUGGCGGGUUGAUCGAUUUUUUCGAUGUCGAGCGAGGGGAGUGGGGAGACUCGGUUGAGUUUGUGGCGGAUGGGGUUGAGGGGCCGCGGGCGAGGAGUGUAGCUGGGUUUGUGCCUGUUGUUCUUGGUAGUGGAAAAUUGGUGUUGAUCGCGGUCUUCGGUGAGGCGGAUCCGAGUUCGCUUGGGCAUGAGGGCGCUGGGAAGAUGUUGGGGGAUGUUUGGGCGUUUGAGGUGGAGGGGAGGAGGUGGAUGAGGGUGGAUGGUACUACGAGCACUUCUCAAAGGCCGGCUCCGAGAGGAUGGUUUGGUGCUGCUGCUGUUGGUCAAGGUCGUUUGGCUGUGGUUGGCGGUUUGGGAGAGGAUAACGAGAGACUUGGGGAUGCUUGGACUCCCGACACUAGAGGCAGAGUUAGGGUCAGAGCAGCACGAAGCUUCGGUCCUGUCGCCGUAGGAGCACGAGGCCUUCAGAUCAUCAGCAGUGGCGGCGCUGGCGGCUGUCAAAGAGAAAACCUGUCAGCGGGUUCUACUGUUGCCUACGAGACCAGUCCCGUCGGGCACGCAGCAUUGUGGGAUCGAGUAGAGCAGGGCGAAGCUGGCCAUUGCGACGAUGCUGAGGAGGUUGGAGGAGAGCAUCUUGAAGGCAGUAGAGAAAGAUCAAACAGUCAGUCGGCAAGAUGGGUACAUGUAGGUCAAAGGCUUCAAAUACAGAUCGCACAAGCACACUCUCUCGUCGUCAGCAAGACGGCGUUUGCGUGUAUGGAACAAUUCGAAUUACUCGGCGCUGCGCUUUGUUGCGUUUCUGCUCAUGGCAGAUGGCAGUUGGAAUGUCUUGAAGCUUGGGCUUGUUCGCUCGGCAUGUUUUGUUGGUCGCCUGGGGGCGCUUUCGAAACGUUGGUUGCUGCUAGUGGAAUUAUUUGUGUGGAAGAAGCUGUUCGUACUUCAAACGCAUCUAUCGUAGAAAGCAUAAUGAUGUGGAGGAGCCACAGUAUUGAUGCGUUGGAAAGUCAUCGUCGUGCAGUGGUUCCAAGCCUCGCGCCAACCGCCGGGGUCCAAACCUCGUGGGUAACCUCGCAUCUAGGAACAAGCGGAAAGGUGUAUCGUCAACCGAAGCCGCUUCCUAAGCCAUCGUUACCGGCAUUGGGAAUACCAAAGAAUUCGAACCAGUCGCCCACAUUCAAAGUUGUGGGAACGAUGGGACCGCUGACAUGCCAGAUGACAUUUGCUGGUGCUCCAUCGGCAUGCCCGACUGCGGUUGCGCCUGCAUGUGUGGAGCGAAUUGUGAUGGGUGUUGAGGUGGCGGUUGCUGCCUCAAAGCUGGAUCAACCAUGUUUUGAUUCGGACUCUGUAGAGGGAAAAGACCUUGCGAGUGUGCAGGAAAAGGUCUGGCGGCGUGCCUGGGAUAGAGUAAGGCAUGAAAGGGGUUGUCGGGCGAGUGUUGCUGCGAGAUGCACCCAUGAAAGCAUCCGUGGCCUUCAUUUGUGGGGCGUCGUUAGUCGUGGAAAGCUGAGGGAUUUGUUGU